UCCUUUACCUUACCUUACCUUACCUUACCUACUACCUACCUACAAAAUUCUAGUUAAUAUUAGGCAUGGGGGAAAGCUUAGAACUUGUGAGACAAUGAUACCUAGAUAUGCAGGCUUGGGCCCUAGGAAUUUGCCUGGGUUGAGAGCCCCAACCUCACUUUGCCGUCCAAUUCUCACCCCACGCCAUCGCCCAGUAUGGGUACUAAGCUUGAGAGCUUGGGAGAGCACCACCACAGGAGAAGGGAAGUCUGGCCACAUCGACGCGGCUCCAAAUGAGUCUAUUUUAUGGAUAGAUAACUUAUUCCCUCUAAAGCUAUCUGGAUUACUAAAGGCACCAUGGAAGAGUCCCGAUCAGGACCUGUCUGAGCUGAUGAAGCGCUUUGAGAACUCCACUCUGGGCAUCUUGGACCCCAUUAACAUGGUCAAACGGGCUAUCCCCAGUACCGCCCCAGUCAAAGUCACCGAGAUUCUACCCCGUCUUAAAGAUGGCGGAGCUUUCGUCAAGUUCACUUACCCAGCAAAUGUGCCUGUCAAGGAAAUCGAAGACAAAGUUUCCAAGUAUCUACAAGAAAAACCUGUAAGACCAUUCUUCAGUCCGUUAAGAGGGGUCCAGGCGGGACUGGUCCAGGGUAUUCCUUGGCUAGAGGAUCUACACAGAUUUCCCAAGGAUCAGCUCCGAGUGGAGUUCGUUCCCAAGAAUCCUGGAGAGGAAGCAGUUGAGCUAUCUCAGGAGACCUUGUACAGCCUAUUCCGUCGAUACGGAAAGAUCGCGGAGAUUAGUUCACAGCCAUGGGAUUCCAAGGCUCUUCCAAAAUAUGCCUACGUCGACUUCGCCAACGUUAGAGAUGCUAUUAUGGCACGCAACUGCUUGCAUGGUUUCGUCGUACCAGAAGAUCUCGGCGGUGGCAAGUUGGGGACCAGGCUGCGAAUGUCUUACGAGCAGAGAACUAAACCUCAUCGGAUCUGGGACUGGAUAUCAAACCACCCGAGAAUCGUCAUUCCUGUUAUAGUUGCCCUGCUCACUGGACUUACCGUUGUCAUAUUCGACCCUAUUAGAUCAUUCUUCGUCAAGGCCUAUGUCACGCAAAAGUUCCAUCUUAGCAACAGCAAGGCGUUUAGAUGGCUUCGAAAGCAGACCUCGGACAUUUUAAGAUUUAGACGGGAGAAGGCGGACCAGGCAGGUCUCAAUGCGGUUUGGACCCAUCGAAAAGACUUGAUCGAUCAGAUCCAAAAAUGGUUGAUGGAGACUGCCCAGACCUUUAUUGUCGUCCAGGGACCUCGUGGCUCCGGCAAGAAGGAACUUGUACUCGAACAAGCUCUUCAGGAUCGAACCAACGUCCUAGUUAUCGACUGCAAGCCCGUAGUGGAAGCGAGAGGCGAAUCGGCAACAAUCAAGCAGAUGGCUGCCGCCGUCGGUUACCGCCCAAUUUUCUCCUACGCAAACAGCCUCAGUAGCAUGGCUGAUCUAGCUGUCCAGAGCACUACAGGCGUGAAAGCGGGUUUCUCUGAGACUUUGGAAUCCCAAAUCCAGAAGAUUCUACAGACGACUGCCGCUGCUCUUACAGAAAUUGGAGUAGACAGCCGCAAAAAGACAGAUUCAGAUAUUGUGCUCCCUAUUGACGCCUACCUUGAAGCGCAUCCCGAGAAACGGCCAGUGGUGGUUAUCGACAACUUCUUGCACAAGGGUGAUACCAACGCUGUUGUCUACGAUAAGAUUGCCGAAUGGGCGGCGACUUUGGUUCAAAACAAUAUUGCUCAUGUCAUCUUCUUGACCAACGACUCAUCGUACUCCAAGUCUUUGUCCAAGUCUCUACCUGACCGUGUUCUACGCCAGGCUGCUCUUGGUGAUCUCUCCCCUGACGUCGCGAAACGGUUCAUUUUGAGCCACAUCAGUAGCGACGAGGCGCAACAGACCGACGCGGCAGAAAAGAAGACUGCUGAGAAUGGUGAGAAACAGCUACAAUUAGUUAUUCAUCCAGACCUGACCGAGCUCGAUGAAUGCAUCGACACUCUUGGUGGUCGAUUAACGGACCUCGAAGCCUUCGCGCGCCGUCUCAAGGCUGGGCAGAAUCCCAAGGAGGCCGUGGCUGAGAUCACCGAGCAAUCUGCCUCCGAAAUUCUCAAGAUGUUCCUGCUCCCCGGCAAGACAACAAGCGACGGAGAGCACAAGUGGUCAAUGGAGCAGGCGUGGUACCUGGUGAAGUCGCUCGCUGACAAAGAGAGUCUGCGCUACAACGAGGUGCUGCUCCACAACACCUUCCUCCAGUCUUUGACGGCACCCGAUGGGGAGUCCGCCCUGGAGGGCCUUACCAACGCUGAGCUCAUCACCGUCAAGUCUAACAAUGGCCGGCCGGGUGUUAUCACAGUCGGUAAGCCUGUCUACCAGGCCGUCUUCCAGAUGCUAGCUCGCGACCCCGUCCUCGCUGCCAAGAUGGACCUCGCCGUGCUGACAGAGCUGGCCAAGAUCGAGGCUAAGAACAUUGACAAAGCCGAGGCCGAGCUUGCUCUACUCGGUACUUUGCCCAAGCAGCCGGCGCAGAUGAGUGGCCGUAUUACCUACCUCCUGACUAAGGUCGACACCGCGCAGAAGAAGAUCGAUGCAUUUGAGAAGGAGAUGGGUGCGUUAAAGAAGGUCUUGUUGAGCCAAUCUUGAUCACAUACUGGCUGCU